AUAGAUCGAUCGAUCGAAAGCAAACACCCUCUCCUCUGUUCUCGCUCGCCUCCUCCUUGUUCGAGCAAGAGACAUCGGAUGGGGACGCAGCAGCCGUCGACCCCGGGGAAGCGAUGGCCGAAUCUGAUGCCUCUGUUUGUUGGCCUCGUCGUCGUAGCUGAGAUCGCCUUCCUCGGCCGCCUCGACGUGGUCAAGAACGUCGCCACGGUCCACCACUGGGCCUCCACCUUCCAUUUCCCCUCUACCAGCGUUGCCUUGGAAGACUCCUUCGCAUCCGUCUCCUCGUCUUCCCACGGUGCCGUAGAAGACGAUGGCGGGGAGUACAGCCGAUGCGAGGAUUGGUUGGAGAGAGAGGACACCAUCCGGUACUCUCGAGAUUUCACUACCUAUCCCAUCAUCGUCUCCGGCGCCGAGAAUCAGGAUUGGAGUACGUGCUCGGUUGGUUGUAAAUUUGGAUCUGUAGCGAAAAGGGUACCUGAUGCUACAUUUAAACUACCUCAACAACCAUCAACUGCCGUUGUCCAUCGGUCGAUGGAAUCAUCAAAAUAUUAUAUAGAAAACAAUAUUAAUGUGGCACGACGGAGAGGGUACAACAUCCUAAUGACUACUAGUCUUUCGUCAGAUGUUCCAGUUGGGUACUUCUCGUGGGCAGAAUAUGAUAUCAUGGCUCCUAUCCAACCAAAGAAUGAAACUGCCCUUGCAGCUGCCUUUAUUUCUAACUGUGUUGCCCAUAAUUUCCGUCUACAGGCUCUUGAAAUGCUUGAGAAGCUAGGUAUUAAAAUUGAUUCUUAUGGUGUAUGCCACCAAAAUCGAGAUGGUAAAGUGGACAAAGUAGAAGCUUUGAAGCGCUACAAAUUCAGUUUUGCAUUUGAGAAUUCCAAUGAGGAGGACUAUGUUACAGAAAAAUUCUUUCAGUCCCUUGUUGCAGGAGCCAUCCCUGUUGUGGUUGGUGCCCCAAAUAUCCAAGAUUUUGCACCUUCUCCUGGUUCAGUUUUGCAUAUUAAAGAGCUUGAUGAUGUUGAAUCAGUAGCUAAAACCAUGAAGUUCCUUGCAACGAAUCCGGAUGCUUUUAACAAGUCAGUAAGUUGGAAAUAUGACGGUCCAUCUGAUGCUUUCAAGGCACUUGUGGACAUGGCUGCAGUUCAUUCAUCUUGCCGUCUCUGCAUAUUUCUUGCAACAAAGAUUAGAGAGAAGGAAGAGAUGGCUUUGCAGUUUCAGAAGCGCCCCUGCAAAUGCACCACCAGAUCAGGAACUGUGUACCACUUAUAUGUGAGAGAAAGAGGAAGAUUUCACAUGGAAUCCAUCUUCCUCAGAUCUGGAAGGUUAACCCUCAGGGAAUUGGAAUCUGCAGUUCUCUCCAAGUUCCAGUCAGUAAAUCAUACUCCUCUAUGGAAGAAGGAAAGACCAGAAAGCUUAAGAGGAGAUAACUUAAAAAUAUACAGGAUUUAUCCAGUUGGUCUCACUCAAAGACAAGCAUUGUACAGCUUUAGAUUUGACACUGAUGCUGAUUUAGGGAAACAUGUUGAGAGCAAUCCUUGCGCAAAAUUUGAGGUUAUUUUUGUGUGACGGAUGCUCUUCCAUCCCUACCGCUAUGGUUUCCAAUUUCUUAUUUGGAAGAAGAAAAAAAUAUCAUCCAUGCCAAAGCAAAUCCAGUUAGAUGUUCUUGUACCACAUUUUGAGGGACCAUGGUAUAUAUUUCCUUCAAAAAAUAAUUGAAAAUUAAAACAGUCAUUAUUCUGUGUUCCAGAGGAACAAGUUGA